CGCUAAUGACAUCCGGGCCAUAACAAUGUGCUCAUUUACUUGUGGAUUCGAAUGCUUAGCAGGUGUCCAAAAUAGCUUUCAUCAGUGUCAACAGUAGCGUGGCCAGGCUUUAGCCCACUAGAACUCAAUGAUACCGAACACAGUGUUCCUGCCAUUCAUGUGAAUCGACGUUUUGUUUUUUGAGUCCAGGAUAAAGUCGAAGGAGGGGCAAGGAGUGGGAGUUAAUCAGGAACUCGUCGUUCAGGGAGAGUGACUCGGUGACAGCUGAUAACAGUGAAUCUAAUAACAAUGAAAAUGGCGGAGUCUGAUUGUCAACCAGCUGAGAAUGGCGUCCAUUCUCCCGGGACUCAGCUGAAAUUUGGUGUUAAAUGUCCUCGCCUGGAUAUGAGCACGGUGAACUGUAAAACUGUCCUAGACGGACUGGACCCCGGAGUUGUUAUCGUGCCCAAACUCAAUGGACUGGACACAGAACAUAACAACAAUAAAACUACCACCGAUCAGCAACAAACGAAACAGCACAUGGUGCAGAAUCAGAUGACCCCCACGUACCCUGCAUACUCACAGGCCAGUCUGCCCGUGCCUGAAGAAUUUACUCAACCACAGACUGUUGUCACAUCAACAGCAGACCAGACACAGACAGUUCCCUUUUCUACAUCACCACUAGCACAGAAUGGUGUCGAGCAGCAAACAGUUAGUUUAUUCCAGCAAACAGACCUAGACAAUGAAGUUGGGCCCCAAAUCCAAGGUGCGGCACCUACAGUAUCUUCAAAUUCAGGACCUAAAAGGUUACAUGUGUCAAAUAUACCAUUUAGAUUCAGGGAGGCAGAUUUACGGCAAUUAUUAGGGCAGUUUGGUCCAAUUUUAGAUGUAGAAAUUAUAUUUAAUGAGAGGGGCUCAAAGGGAUUCGGUUUUGUAACUUUCCAAAAUAGCGCUGACGCAGAGAGAGCACGAGAGAAAUUGAACGGCACUGUGGUUGAGGGAAGAAAAAUUGAGGUAAACAAUGCAACUGCAAGAAUCAUGACAAAGAAAAGCCCCACCGCCCCCGUGAUACCUAAUGGUGAGUACAUGUAUCCAGUCAUACCCAAUGCUGCAGCAUUGCGAGGUGCUGCUCUCACCAGGGGGCGCAUUGCUACAGUCACAAGAGGUGCUUACACAGCAGCCGCAGCCGCUGCUGCUGCAGCUGCCUUCCGUGCACCCCAGCCAGUGAUGACAGCACAAGCCACAGCCUUGCCAUAUCCUACAGCUGCCAGGAGUGUGUACCAAGAUCCAUUUGGUCUGGCAGCCUCAGCACAGUAUGCUUCACAGGCAGCUGCUGCAGAGAGAUAUGCAGUCACCUCCUUGCCAUAUGCGACUGCGGCGUAUGCAGGAACAGCUGCAGCGAGAUACGCACUGCCAACAAUGGGUACAGCAGCAGGCGGAGUCACAUAUACGCUAUCAGGAUACACUGGUCGUGAGUAUGCAGCCGAUCCUUACCUCGGGCACACUAUUGGACCUGUAACAGGGUACGGGGGACAGCUAUACAGAGCUGGGUAUCAGCGGUUUGCUCCAUACUAGCCUAUCAUGACAUAAAACCAAGGGGUGACAGUGUUCAGAGAGACUCGGAGGACCUACAGGUCUGUGAUCUACAGCACAGUUACAAGAAUACUCAUCUAACUCGCCAAAAUGUGCAGUGAGAUCACACCUAACGCAGCAGCAGUCACAGCUAACACAAUUGCCACUAGCAACACAAUGUGGAGUACAAUCUAGUCAUGCCAUGGUGCUCAACAAUAUGGUUGAAAUGACUGUACAGAAUUGCAUCAGAUUGUAGAAGAAGAUCUUUUUAUCAACCAAGAGUCAUUUAUCUCACAACUGUGACUGGAUCUGAAUAUAUCUAUUUCAGCUGGAACUUACAUGAUUUUGCCAUGACAACAAAGGUGCAGCAUUCAUUUCAGCACCUCAUUCAUUUCAUUCUUAACAGCAUUAAGAUUUUCACCAAUUCAAUCAGUAUAGUGUUAUUUAAAUGAUGGUGAAGAUAAUUUGAUAUUAGAAGGAUUACAAAGUUGCCAAAGUUGUUGCACAAAAAAAUUACUAAAUCUUCACAACGAUUUACACCUCUGUUCUCUGCAGUUUUCCCCCCCACUAAAUAAAUCAUCUACGCUGUCCUCCGUGCUGGCCCCCCUUGGUACUAAUAUCACUCAAUCAAGGUGCUCUUUGGUCAUUUGUACCCAAUUGUGCAAUGACAAGUCAGUAGUGUUUAUACAAAAUUGUAAAAGUAGAAAUGAAGGAACAACAGUCAUUUAUUGUAUGUUGUAACUUAUGUAAAUAUUAACUAUGUGAUAGUGUAGGUAUAUACUUAUAUAUAGAUAUACUCAUAGAAUAUGUAUACAAGGAUCUUGUAGAAACUUCUGGAUUGUUGCCUAUAUAAGGCCUAUAAGAAAUCCUGUCUUUGGAUGUUUCAGUGCUUACUGCAUCAAGCAGAUAUCUUUUACUGCAACACUUUAUAAACAAAGAUAUUCAUAGUGCUUAUUGAUAAGUUAAUUUAACAUGGAGAGAAGCCUAAUAUCACCAUAAAUCUGAAUUGUUCAGAAUGAUAUUUUAGGAAGUUUUGGUAAAAAAGAUGUACGCUCUAGUCAUCAGCUGUUAACUGUCUAUAUUUUAGUCUGUAAGUAAAUGAUACUGCAUUUCUGUUUCACUGAUCUUUGUGCAAUAGCAAAGCAUUUAACUUUGUUUGUUAUUCUGUUUGCCUAAGGUUUUUUGUAUGUGUUAGAAAGGAGAUUCUUAACUAAGAUGGGAUAUAAAAUUCUCAUUGACUUUACCUUACUAUCUUUUGUAAAUCUCAUAAACCAGAAAUAUUUAAAAAUUUUAUUUGCUGGUACAAAAUGAAAAAUUACUUGCUAUAUAUAGAACCUGAAUUUCUGAAAAGUGCUCAGAAUCAACCAAGUGUGGUGCUGAAGUAGUGAUUUUGUCCUUUUAUUCCCUUCAUUUUUGCUUUAUGCAUAUAUACAUUUAUAUAUGUCACUUAGUGUUGACACGCUUUUGUGGCUGCUUGUAGCAUAACAGCAAGGAUUUAAGACCAGUAAAUAUUUUUCAUUGCUGGGACAUCUGCCACACAGGGCAGAGUGAAAGCAACGGUAGCUAGUCAUUUCACAGUAUUACCUUUCUGUAACAAUAUUAAUUCUCUGUAUUUAAUUUGUGGCCAAAUCAAAUAAGUGGAGUUGUGUUGGCAUGAUAGAAGAUGCUGGUUAACAUUAAAAAUGUUUCCAAACUUGUGUCAAGAGGAGAUGGGGCAUGCCAAGGGAGAAAUGAAUGAUAGAAAGUAAGGUGAAUACUCGUCCAAUUAUAUAUUGUUUACUUUUCACUCUUUUUGUAUACACACCUUGAAAAAUCUCGUGCAAAAUCUAGGUUUUGUUUGUUUACGUAUUGUGAACAAGUACGACCGAGUUCUACUUUAUGCUGUUAUGUAUCAAAUCUUUAUAGUUACAGUUUACAUGUAGUCAUCAACUUUUACAGUUAUUAUACCUUAUAUUAUAUGAUUAACCUUUUUUCUGAAGCUUAAAGUUCUUUAUAUGUUUCUAAAGCAUUCAUGCACAGAUAUGACAAAAGUGCAAGUAAACUAUAUGUUUACUUAUAUUCUUGAUAUCAUUCACUCGAAUCUUUUUACUGCUUUAUCCUGAUUGCAACAAAAAUGAAGCCUUUAUCAAGUCAAUUAUUUUCUUUGGUUUCAAUGACAGAUACUGCUUCAAAAAUUUUAAGCACUAGUAGCAGUUUCCAUAUUGUAUUAGUGUUGCAUUUAAUGCAAUAAAUUGUUCUCAAGUGAA